GUUUCGAUGACACGGCUGUGCGGUGGCAGCAGGCAGAGGACACACUCAGAUCAACCAGUAAUCACCAUCGUCUCUCUCACACUGCCAUGGUUCUCUCAGACCGAAACAAGACCAGAAAAAGAAAAGAGAAACACACCGACGGCUCGUCCUCUCUCUCCCCGGGAGUGAAACUUUAAAGCCGUGAGAAGCCGCCGCCAUGCUGCUGGACGCCGUAUAAGCGACAUUGAAAAGCAGAAAGUAUAGGCAACCACCACACGGAAACCACAAAGAAGAAGCAGGUUUUUUUUUGUUGUUUUUUUUUUUUCACGCUCGGAGGGAAAGACGGCAUCCGGCCUGAGAAGAAGCUCCGAGGUCGGGGACUCCGGUCGGAGCAACGCUCAUCGUUUCUGGCCUCCCCUUCCCGAGAGCUCAAUGGAGAAGAUGAAGCGCUUCAAGCGGCGCCUCUCUCAGACACUACGAGGCAGCCACACCAUUGACGAGUCCCUAUCUGAGCUGGCUGAGCAGAUGACCAUUGAGGAGAACGGCCUGAAGGACAGCGAGCCCAUAGUGAGGAAUGGUCGUCCUCCGUCAGCCCACAGUGUCCACUCCUUCCUCCACCAGUACACAGGCUCCUUUAAAAAGCCGCCGCUGCGACGGCCUCAGAGCGUCAUUGGAGGAGGCCUGGGCUCUCUCAUGGUCAUGCCUCGCAACGGCAGUCGCCUCGAUAUCGUCCAUGAGAACCUGAAGAUGGGGUCUGAUGGGGAGAGUGACCAGGCGUCGGGGACUUCGUCUGAUGAGGUGCAGUCGCCCACGGGUGUUUGUCUGAGGAACAGAGGGAACAGACGCAUCUCUGCAGAGGACUUGAACAAACGUCUGUCCCUGCCGGCCGACAUCCGGAUACCCGACGGUUACCUGGAGAAGCUGCAGCUGAGCAGCCCUCCCUUCGACCAGCCUCUGAGCCGACGCUCCCGCAGAGCAUCACUGUCAGAAAUUGGAUUUGGGAAGUUGGAGACCUACAUCAAACUGGACAAACUAGGGGAGGGCACGUACGCUACAGUCUUCAAGGGGAGGAGUAAGCUGACAGACAACCUUGUGGCGCUGAAGGAGAUCAGACUGGAGCAUGAGGAGGGGGCGCCAUGCACAGCUAUCAGAGAAGUGUCGUUACUGAAGGACCUGAAACACGCCAACAUUGUGACGCUGCACGACAUCGUCCACACAGACAAGUCGCUCACGCUGGUCUUCGAGUACCUGGACAAAGACCUCAAGCAGUACAUGGACGACUGCGGGAACAUCCUGAGCAUGCAGAAUGUCAAGAUAUUUCUGUAUCAGAUCCUGCGAGGCUUAGCUUACUGUCACAGACGCAAAGUCCUCCACAGAGACUUGAAGCCCCAAAAUCUGCUCAUCAACGACAGAGGAGAACUCAAACUGGCUGACUUUGGCCUGGCGAGGGCCAAGUCUGUGCCCACUAAAACAUACUCUAACGAGGUGGUAACACUUUGGUAUCGGCCUCCCGACGUGCUGCUGGGCUCCUCCGAAUACUCCACACAGAUAGACAUGUGGGGUGUGGGCUGCAUAUUCUAUGAGAUGGCUGCCGGCAGGCCGCUGUUCCCAGGCUCCACAGUGGAGGACGAGCUGCACCUCAUCUUCAGGCUGCUAGGCACUCCCACAGAAGACAGCUGGCCUGGAAUAUCCUCUAUCGACGAGUUCAAGUCCUACAAGUUCCCCAAGUACAAGCCCCAGCCCCUCAUUAACCACGCACCCAGCCCUCUAAUCAUUGGAGAUGGGAAUGAGCAAAUGUUUCAAAACAGACCCAGGUUGGACACAGAUGGCAUCGACCUGCUGAUGUCAUUCCUAAAAUACGAGUCGAAAAAGAGGAUCUCUGCUGAUGAAGCAAUGAGACAGCCGUACUUCAGGAGCCUGGGGCCACGUGUGCACACACUGCCAGAGAGCAUAUCUAUAUUCACGCUGAAGGAGGUCCAGCUGCAGAGAGAUCCCGGCUACCGGAACUCAUCGUACCCUGAGUCAGGCAACGGAAAGAGCAGAAGACAAAGCAUGCUGUUUUAGAUUCUUCGGACUGUAUUUUUUUUUUUUUUUUUGGGAAGGAUCUCCUAGCUGUACAGUCUCGCCGAUGGAUCAGUAACUUGAGAUGAAUGUUGGCAAGGAGCAUCAUCAUGGUCAUCACCCCCCGAGACUACUUGGGAAACCUGUGUCCACAGUGCGACCGACCCCCCCUUUGCAGGUUUGGCCUGAACCUGGCCCAAAAGAGACAUUUAUAUACUGUACAUCUAUAUUUAUUGAGAAGAGAAUUUGCUGCUAAAUACAACUACUGUCUAGAAUUCUAACUGGCUCAGUCACUUUAAUGAGUACAUGCAAUGUGUAUAGAUUUUUAAUUUUUGUUUUCUUUUUGAAGUGGUAUUUUUAGUGAUGUUUUUUGUCAUUAUUUCCAUUUUCAUACAUACAAAACUCCACCUCAUAGCUCAUCAGUGUGUGCGCGUGUGUGUGAGGCACAAACAGAAGGAUGUUUCUGUAGCAACUCAAAAAGGGGUUUGAUUUUCUGUCUCUGUUGCCACAGUGCUGUUCUCAUGCUGCACUCAUUUGUGACCAUUCAUUCUGAAGGUUUUUGAGGCUAGCUUCGGUGGAAUGGAUCAUUUUAUCCUACUGGAGGCUAAUAUGAGAGCAGUGCUGCCAAACUCUGCAAAAAAAAAAAGGAUCACAUUCUUGUCAAAUGCUGGCAUAUCAUUCCAGGAUGCUGUGGUCUUGUCGUGACCAAUGAACAAAUGCAAGGGGGGAGGGGGGGCAACAUGGAGUUAUUAACAAGGGCAUUAUGGGAUUAGUUACGCCUCUUUAAAUUCUUUAGAAAAUAUUUAACUACAGUGAACAACCUUCUCAUCCUUUUCCACCUCAGUCUAUUUUCUCCUCCCGUCUGUUACAAAGAGGAGGUGCAAAGUGAAUUCCCAGUGUAAAAGCUGCCUUUGUGCAUUACAGAUGUGUUCUCCUUUCUGCCAUUCCCAUCUCCAUCAACUUUAGACAUUGAUCCUUUUUUUUAAUUUUUAGGAUUGCCUCCAUCAUUGUGUUGCAUGCCUGAUCGGUUGUAUGAGGAAGCACACAGCCACUGAAGUCCUAAUUCAGGGAGCACUAGCUAUAGUCCUGCCCCUAGUGAAUACGAUACUGAGUCACAGUCUGUUUAACAGUGUUACAAGAGAUGUUUUGUAUGAUAUUCUUUAACUUUAUUUGUGAAUAAUUGUUAUUGGUGUGGGAUUUCGUUGCAGAUGCCCUCCCAUAUUUGAGCUUUUUUUUUUCCAGAGUAAAGAAAAUAAAAUCUAAAGUUUAAACAUAAAU